AUGGAACAUGAAGACUUCGUCAGAGUUGUGGCUUUGUCCUGGUCUGAAUGGGUCUCUGGAUCCCCUAUCCUUGUUCUCACUUCUAAAUUGAAGCGGCUGAAAAGGGACCUAAAAUCCUGGGUGAGAACUGCCUUUCCUAACCUUGAUGAAGACCUAGAGUGUGCGAAGAAGACUCUGAGCCAGAUUCAUGACCAGAUUACAAGCAAAGGGAUGAACGAUCAUCUAUUUGCUCUGGAAGCUGAUGCGAAGACGGGAUUGGUGAAAGCCUUGAAAAACCAUGAAAAAAUCUGGGCUGAAAAGGCGAGAAUCAGGUGGUUGAAAGCCGGUGAUAGGAACUCCAAUUUUUUUCACCUUUUAGUCAAAAUGAGAAGCAACAAAAAUACAUUCAGAGCGCUCAAGAAGCCGGAUGGGACCAUUGUGGAAGGGCAUAAUCAGAUAGAGGAAUAUAUUAUGGACUUUUACGAGAGGUUCCAUAGAGUCGCCCCCACAUCGAAUCAUGAGGAUUUAUUGGAUAAUAUUCCAAAAGUUCUAAAUCAGAUGGACUGCUAUAAGAUGGACUAUAUUCCUGGGAAUGAGGAAAUAAGGAGGGCAGCUUGGGAGCUCGACCUGGACAGCUCACCAGGCCCUGAUGGAUUCUCUGGUGCAUUCUUUUGCAAAUGCUGGGAUAUGGUGGAAGUGGAGGUUUGCAACACAGUGAGACAAUUUUUUGGCACAGGGUCUAUGCCAAAUGGGGCGAAUAAUAAUUUUCUAGUAUUGAUUCCAAAGGUGGAUGGUGCAAAUACGCUUGAUAGAUUUCGGCCUCUUUGUAUAGGCAACUUCUUCUGUAAAAUCAUAUCCAAAGUUAUAGCGAUGCGCCUUGAGACUCUCCUCCCUCGUCUGAUCCCAGAAGAGGAGAGUGCCUUUCAGAAGGGGAAGAUGAUCCACGACAACAUAUCUGUGGCUUCUGUGAUUGCAAAUUUAAUGUUCUCUGCAAGCAAAGGUGGGGGCCUUGGACUUAAAAUUGACAUAAGGAAGGCUUAUGACACUAUUUCUUGGUCUUUUAUUUUUCAGAGGGUUGUCAAACCUGGUUCAGAGCAAGAGUCUCCAACCGAUCAGUGGCCCAAGAGGCUCCAACCGAUCAGUGGCCCAAGAGGCGUUACUACUCCUGGUCACAUUUUAUUCACAGAUGAUAUAUUCAUCUUCACCAACGCCUCCUUGAGAUAUGUUAAUGCUCUGAAAGCCUUCUUGAUGAAGUAUCAGGACUUCUCAGGCCAAUGCAUCAGCUUAAAGAAAAGUAAGCUUUUCCUAGGAAAAAUAGCUCUAGCUCGCAAGGAGACUAUUGCUGAUACCCUUGGAAUUCAGAUAUGCACCUUCCAAACUCACUACUUAGGAGUUGAAAUAUUUAAGGGUAGAGUGAAGAAAGAGGCUCUGCUUCCUGUGAUGGACAAGGUGAAGGGUCGUCUAGCGGGUUGGAAAGGAAAUCUCUUAUCUUUGGCUGGCAGAACAGAGUUGGUUAGAUCAGUCAUUGUAGGUAUCCCUAACCAUAGUUUUGCUAUUUAUUGGUGGCCAUCUUCCCUUUUGUCUAUAAUGGAACGAUGGAUGAGAAACUUCAUUUGGACGAGGGAGACUGAAACUUCUAGAAAAAUUACUGUUAAAUGGGACUCCCUUUGCAAGCCUAAAGAGGAAGGCAGUUUAGAUAUCAGGAGACUCCGAGAUACCAAUAAAGCUAUGUUGUGCAAGCUUGCUUAG